GUUUCAGGUGUUCCAGGUUAUACGUUAUUAAGCAUUUGUUGAAUUCAGGUUUUUCUCUUACAUCAUUGGUUCUAAAUUAUUUUCGUACAAUUUUAAAUGCAAAAAGAAUUUCAAUUCAGAUUAAACAGUUAGUCUCAAAGUCUCUCUUUCUUUUCGUAUUUGUACUUAUCGAAAUGUUCGGAAGUUACGGUACUGGAAAUGGCAAUGGCAAUAAACUGAAUUUACGGACUGAAAUCCUGGAAGGACUAUUAGCAUCGAUGGGUGAAGGGAAAAAUGCAAAAGUGAAUUUACUUAAACAAACGAUUAUGCGGAAUAAAACGGAUAUGGCAGGUGAUGCUUUCCGUUCGCUCGAUUUAAUGCGACAGGUUUUUCAAUCCGAAAUGACCGAUGAAUUUCGACAGAUUAUUGAACGACAUUUAAGAACAACUUUUUCUCCAGCACUGGAAAAUCUUCAAAGAAAUGGAUUGGAAGUAACAGAAGAUGAUAUCAAAUGCUUAUGUUGUAGCAUUCUUGAAGCAGCUAAAAAACCAUUUCUUUGUGAGAAACAAGUGGAAGGUUUUUCAGAAAGGGGAUUAGAAUCUCCAAAUUUUCCCGUUAGUACUGAAUCAGACUUGGAUAGCGAAACUAGUGUUGUCAAUUUUGUCGUACAUCAACGUCCGACAACAAUUCCUCCACGUGGAAGGAAACGUGGUCGUCCUCCUAAAACAGAUAAUCGUGGUAGAAAUACUCCGUCAUAUGUCCAUAUCAGUGAAAUGGCUACUGAAUUAGAUUUGGUCAAGUGGAAUCCGGAUCGUGUUUGUUCAUCAUCACAGUUUAUUCUUAUAUCGAAAGUUUCUCGAUUGCUGAUGUUCCACAAUUAUCAUGAAUUACUCAUGAGAUAUCCAACCAUUUUCCGGUACAAUAGUGAUGAAAUGGAUCGGAAGUGGCUUAUCAAAAAUCGGCUCACAACUCGAUCAACUGGGAAAAUUCACUUGUUGUUGCUAAAUGAUGCUGCUGAAAUUGUUAGCGCAGAAGGGCUUUCAUAUGUAGUUGACGUUCUGAAAUGCUUCGCAUUUUGCGUACCACCAUCAAUGAUUUUGAAAAUGAAGCAGGAAAUGCGAAAAGUUUUUGAUACGUCAAGAAGCGGUUGAAAUACAUCUUGCUAAAAAUGCAGGUUCAUAAGAGUGCCUUGCGUUUAUGGUGCCUUCAUGCAUCUUUGGAUUACGCAAUACAGGUUUUGUUUAUAGUAGCAUUUUAUAUUCUAAAUAGGUUUUCCUUGUGAUUCAAUUUACUAAUUUUAAUUUCGAUUUUGAAACAUAUGAACUUUUCUAGUCAUUUCUUCAAUUUUAAGAUUCAAUUUAAUGUUUUAUAUGAAGAUAUAUUUAGAAAAUUAUUUCGAUUUUUCAUAUUUCACUUUUUCUUUGAUUAGCUGGUGCGUUUUUUAUUUCCUUUUGUCCUAGUAGUUGAGUAACACCACAUCAUAUUUUGUCAAAAUGAUAAGAAGUGGAAGGAAAGUUUGAACUCGGGAUUAGAAAAGUUUUUAAUAGAGCAUAAAGCUAGUGAUAAGUUUUUGUAAGAACUAGUAGAACUAAUAGUUCUUCACAGUCGAACUAAUAGUUCUUAACAUAUUUCUUAACACUAAUAGCUCUUAACAGUCUUAAUUCAUCGAAACAAACUUUUUUAUUUCACUUCAUUUACAAUCAAGAUUAUAUCAUCUGCAACUAUGUGAUGAUUGCUUAGCCAUUUGCCAUGUACCUACUCUUUCUGAUAAGGUUGUUUUCCCUUUUAUCAUUCAACUGAUACAUUUUAAUCUUUCAACUAAUCAGACUUUUCCUAUUAUUAUUUCCUUCAGCUUCGUGAUUUUUUAUUAUUUUUCAGUGCGUUAUUUUAAAAAUGCGAUACAUUUUCUGAUAAGGUUAUUAUUUUGUGGUCAUUGUAAUAUACAUUUAUCCGGUAAUAUUUAUAAUUAAUAAAAAUACUAUUUCAG